GGCCAAACGCACUGCAAACAAAAAACGUGGUGCAAAUGGAAAAAACGCGCUGCAAGAAACAAAAACAAAUGCAUCAUCAUUAAAUGCGCUGCAAAUGGAGAAACGAUGCAAAGCACAAAACGACGCAUACCAAGAAAACACCUGCAAAAGAAAAACGCUGCAUAAAAAGUCACCACAACGGAAGUGCUCCAAACCUGCAGGGGGCGCUCUCAGUGUAACAGCUCAAUGGAGAGACACACCGGCUGGAGAGAGACAGGUACUCCUUAUGAGAGAGACGGAAAACGACUAUAAAUUACAGCGGGAACAAAUUAUUGUUACGAUGUACUGUCCAUUUUGUGGAUCUGCGCUUACAGCUUCACCUGCCUUUUGCCGUGCGUGUGGCAAAAACGUCACUUUUUUAAAACGCGUCCAGGAGGAGACGCCUGCAACUCACGCACAUAUUGAUGUUGCACAACCUUCCACCAGUCAAGAUUUAUGUUGGAGUUAUGAGGUUGACAGGUGACUCCUUAAAACCUGUAAGAGGGAAAUCACUGCCUCUGGACAUUCAGCCUCACUGGUCAUCAGAGCAGCUAUUGGCUGCUGCUGUUAAAAAACACAUGGAUUUUAACCAGGACAUGCAAGAUGUUGUCCAUGUUUUGUUGUACCCUGAUGGCAGACAAGUGAGAAACAUCCCAGGAACAAAUGACCCUUUCACUGUUCAGAAGUACAAGGAGGCAAUUGGGAAGGCCUACCAGAGGAUAACACUCUACAUUUGCACUGCAGAGGAUUUUGAAACCAGUUGCUAUACUGGACAGUCUUCUAGUGAAGAUGACAGUGUUGUCCAUGUGAACCUGCCAUCUGUGGAAAGUGAACUCUCUGACACUGUGGUCUGGGACACUCCAGAUAAUGUGAGCACCCCAAAAACAGACAACAUUUUGCAGGGACCCUCCAGAUGCCAACAACCAGAAUCUCAUCAAGAUGGACAGCAAUCAACUCCCCAGGAUCAGUUAAGAUCUUCACAGAAUCUGAAUACCUGGUAUAGCAACUACACCACCAUGUAUGCACCUAUAGUAGUUGACAGUGAGUCUGAGACAGAUGACCACAUAGACUACCCUGCAGAACAUCCGCAGGUUUUGAACCUGACUGCUGAAGACAUUGUUUCAGACCUGGCCUCCAAGAUUACCAACACUUCAUACAGCAGGUUCAACAUAAACAGGGCAAAUAUAUGGGAUGGAGCAAUCAGAGGCUUCAAGCGACCAUCUUAUGACCCAUCACAUGAAAUUUUGGUUAAAUUCACUGAUGAUGAGGGGCGAGCAGAGGAUGCAGUGGACACUGGUGGUCCCAAACGAGAGUUCCUCACCCUGCUGAUGGACUGCCUUAGAUCAAGGAGAAUAUUUGAUGGUCCAGACGAUAGGAAAUUUCUCACGUUUGACUGUGCAGCUGCCAGAGAUGAUGAGUAUUUUCAUGUUGGGAGGAUGAUCGCUACAUCCAUAGUCCAUGGUGGUCCAGGCCCUCGAUUCUUGUCAGAAAUGCUAUACGACCACCUCACGGGAAAAUCAACAGCUGAUUUUGAGGCAAGGAUUGAGGACAUCACCGAUGACACCAUGAGAGCUUCCUUGCUUGAGAUAUCCAGUGCAGCAACACUGGUUGAACUGCAUGCAGUGAUCGACAAACAUUCAAGUCUGUUGCAGAUGGCUGGUUGUCUUCAGUAUCCAAAAGUUGUAUUGGACAAGAAGAUAAUAAUGAAAGACUUCAUGCAGUGGUACUUCAUUUACCGCAACCAUUUCUCAAUUCAAAGGUUCAAGGAUGGGCUUUCAACACUUAACAUGAUUCAUGCUUUGGAGCAGCAUGCAUCUAUAUUCAAGACAUUUAUGUGCUCAAGUGUGGAGCAGCUGACAUCCACAAUACUGGAAAAUCUUUUUGAGGUUCAACUCAGUGAACAAGGCACCACAAGACGCCAAGAAGAAACCAAAGUAUUAGCAUUCUGGAGAGACUAUCUCCUUGAUACAGAAGAUAAACAAACAGGACUCUCCCUCCCUGACAUCCUGAUGUUCGCCACAGGACUCUGUUCUCUGCCCCCAUCUGGGAUUAAGCCAAGACCAAAGUUGGUGUUUCAAAGGGUGUCUCGCUUCCCAUGCAGCAGAACCUGUGCAAACACCAUGGAAAUUCCAUUGUCAACAACUUAUGAAGAGUUUCAAAAGGACAUGGACUUUGGAAUACAAAACUCUCCUGGUUUUGGACUGUACUAA